AUGCAGCUACCGUUUGUGCUUUAUUACCUCCUUUCUACCGUGCCAUUUUCGUCUUCUUUGUUGUAUUCUUUCGGGGAAAAACUUGUCUGGUCUACAAUAAAAAAAUUGGCGAAUAAUCGCGCACUGAACGAAGAUUGCAGUCUAGAUGUGGCGUCAAUAUUACCAAACAGUUUUAAUUUAAGCCCUCUGGCUACAAAAAUGCUACACGCUAGUGCCAAAAUCAAUCCAGGUCUGUUAAAAGGAAACCUUCACUUGAUUGGAGAUUUUGAUCAAUGCUUAAGCAUCGAAGAAAAGUCAAGUGGAAGAACCAUCACUGGACAAUAUUGUACGGUGCUUUGGACGGCAAAACUACAUAAGUUUCUGGCUCAAAAUUCAACCACACUCGCUUUAAAAAUAUCAAAAAUUACGCGAAGUGACGACAAGACGUUUUUUGCAAAAAUUUUGAAACUUGGAGGCAAUGUCACAGCACCUUUGGGUCUGUGUGUCCCAAAGUCUUGCAAAACCAGAGAUCUAGAGAUUCUUAUUUUGAAUCUUUUGAGAAAAUUUAGGCUACGGGUGAAGGCACAAUUCCACGACAGUUUGUGUUUUUACAAAGACAAACCUGUGACAACCAGUUCUUUGGACUAUUUUGUUUAUUUCUUUUUCAUGACCGUUAUUUCUGUGAUGGUUGCGAGCACCCUGUAUGAUUUGUACUUACGUUACAAGGGUCUACCCAAAUCACCCAACAUUUGGCUAAUUUUUUCCGUCUACACCAAUGCCGAAAUUUUGUUUCAACAUUCAGACCAAGAUAUAACUUGUUUGGGUGGAGUGAAAGCUCUGAGUAAUGUCUGGAUUAUCUUGGGUGAGGUGGUAGUGAGCGGCAGGUUUCUGACGAAAAACAUACUGGAUGUCAUCGCUCAGCCCAAGUACGACCUUGCGCGCACUUUCGUCUGGUCUUCGUUUUUUGGCAACGAAACUCUGCUUACAAUCAGCGGAUUUCUGCUCACUUACAACUACUCCAAAACGUCAAAUUUGGUUACUUUUUAUUUCAUGCGAUUUUUUAAAUGCAUGCCAGUGCUUUUGGUGACCCUUCUCAUCCACACCAGUACCUUGAAACAAAGUACUAGUGGCCCUUACGGACCCUUCGCUGCAAAAACCUACACACAACCCUGCCAAACCGACUGGUGGAAAGUUUUCUUCUUCUUCAUCGGCAUCCAAAACAAAUGUCUUCCACACACGUGGCUAUUCGCACUCACCACUCAACUAUACGUGUGUUCAACACUGUUUCUACUUUCCACGAAGUCAAACAAACUCAAAGCAAAAAUCCUAGCAAGCGGAAUUUUUCUCGGUGUACUAUACAGCUACACAAUCACGUUGGUCAAAAAAUUAGGAUUCGCUGUGUUUGAGUGGAACGACGACUUCGAAACUUACAUUUACCAUUCCCCUGUUGCUCACAUGCCGUCCUGGAUUAUAGGGGCAUGCUCUGGAUACGUACUUUCCAGACCAAGUGUUAAAAUUCCAAAAAUUUGCAACCUAAUCGUGUGGGUUGUUUUAGGUUUGACAAUGACGAAGCUCGUUUUUGGGCAACUGGUUUUGUUUGAAACUGAAUUCAGUCCUCAACGGUCGGCCCUAUGGAAUGCUUUGGCACGUCCAGUGUGGUCUUUAGGGGUGUGUUUUAUUUUAGUGAGUUGUUCGACUGGAAGUGGAGGUUGUAUCAACGAUUUUUUGUCGCACCCUGUAUUUCGAAUUCUGGGUAAAUUGACGUUGAGUAUGUAUUUAGUACAUGAAAGCGUCGUCUUUGUUUGUCUUGGUAACAAAAAGGAAACGUUUACUUUGAGUCUUGUAGAGAAUGUGAUUAUGUUUAGUGGUACAUACGCAGUGGUUUUGGUGGUUUCUGUUUUCGUGUACCUUGGCUUCGAAGCUCCAGUUUUAGCCCUGAGGAUGUACGUGAGGGACAAAGUCAGUUCGAAACGAAGACUGAAGUAAAUAUAAAAAUAUUUGUGCAUGUAUUCAGUGAAUAAA